GUGUUGCAGAUAUCUCACUGUAUUGGUGUAAAGUCCCAGUACUCUGCUGAAACAAUCAAACAAACAAACAAUAGAGAUCCUCAUAGAAUUUGUAUUGGUUUUAAUGUAAACUGCAAUGGUCCCUGUGGGUCUCUACUGGUACUUUGUUGCCUUCUAUUGGUACCAUGUUAUGUCUAGAAGAUACCAUUAAGGACCAAUAAUGGUUUUAAUGGUUAGCUGGUGGUUUGUAAUGGUAUUUGUGGUCAAAACUAUUAGAAUUUCUGUGAUGGUUUCUAUUGUUGUUGUUGUUGUUGUUGUUGUUGUUGUUUUGUUUUUUUUUUCCAGCAGGGUACAUACACACUUAAUGACACACUUAUAAGUACGUUCUCAGAACCACACAGAGUUAGUGUAAAUUCAGAUUAUUUAAAAGUUAUGGGAAACCAUAAUGCCCCACAAAAAACUUUCCUGGAAAACCAAACGCAGACUAACAAAAAAACAAACAAAGAAUUGUUUUUAAAACAUCGUAGGAAGCAGAAUCAGUUAGCUAGUAGUGCCUUCAAACUCCUUCCAGGAGAAAGCUCAGAGAGGGAAAGAGAUUGUGUGUGUGUGUGUGUGAGAGAGAGAGAUUGAUUGAUUGAUUGUGUGUGUGUGUGUGUGUGUGUGUGAGAGAGAGAGAGAGAGAGAGAGAGAGAGAGAGAGAGAGAGUGUGUGUGUGUGUGUGUGUGAGAGAGAGAGAGAGAGAGAGAGAGAGAGAGAGAGAGAGAGAGCGCGCGCGCGCGAGAGGGUGAGAGAGUCUACAGCUCGGACACAGCUCAGCUCACAGCUCAGCACACUUUCCCUGUUUUCUGGAUUAACCGGAACGCACCCGCUUUUUCUCUGGAAGCUCCUUACAACGGACAAGUCUUACAAACUCGGUGUUAACACGUGUCUCAUUUAUUUUUCAUCUGUUUUCUCAACGAGCGGUUUUUUUGUUUUGUUUUGUUCUGUUCAGAAGCUGAAUGUUUGUUUGCGCUUAAUGGAAAAUCUCUGCACAGAAAAAUGAACCCAAACUCUUUAAACUGCUAUCAGAGCCGGCUACUGCUGCAUGAAUACCAAAACUUUCUCUAAAACAAACAAACAAACAAAACAUUUAAACACACAGGGGCUGCAAACAUGUUGGUGUCAGGUUUAUUUGUUUUGAAACAGCUCCCCCUUUGCAGUAACUGUCUGGAUGCUAGCCGGAGUUAGCUUUAGCUUUAGUAGCUGGAACUAGAACUGUUUGUUUUUAGGCCUGCAGAUUACAAAUGCUUACAUUACAAAUUAUAUUUGCAUGACUAGUGCGAUUUAUAUGUGUAUAUUCAUGCAACAGUUUGUGUGCUGCUUAACAUUAAGUGUUUGACGCUUUUGGGGGGAAGAGAGAAGUUCUGGGUCUGUAUUCUGGAUAUUAAUUGAACAAUCUGCUUUACUUAGUUGUUUGUUGUUGUUGAUGGAAUAUUCGGUCUACUCCUGUGCCUGCGCGAUUAGUUGCAGAGAUUUGAUGGAUAGCAGAGGGGUUUUUUUCUCUCUCUCUCCCUCUAACUCGGGUGAAGAGUGAAGUUUAAGAAGGCAAGGAUUUCAGGCAGAUUACAUCAGUCGAGCUAUUUAUUACAUUUAUAACUGGAUGAAACGAACGAUUAUUCGAUGUGCAAGUGCUAGGGUUUGUGUUCUCUAUUAUCUAAUGACCCAUGCAGGAGUUUGGACGUUUUUUGAACAUUUCCCCCCUCUUAAAUCGGACUUGGUUUUUUGUCUUGAAGAUGCGAUAAAGUUACAGGAAGAUGGUCUUGACUUUUUAUUGUGUGGGGACUUUUCUGCGCUCCAGCCCACUGAUGCUGUGCACUGACUGAUGCCAUGACCUUAAAUAUGCCGUUUGGAUUUAAAUCGCAUACAAGCUGUAAAACGGAAGCCCAAUGAGCGACAUACAGCCAACACUCACUGACAGGUUUUCCAAAAAAGCAAUCAGAACCAGUAGCAUUCUCGGCAGAGAUCACCCCCCAGACAAAAAGCCCAAAAGUGACAAGGCUUCAGUUCCUCCAGCACAAGACUUUGACUCUACAGGGCUGGUUCAGAGAUGUGUGAUCAUUCAGAAAGAUGAGAAUGGUUUUGGCCUAACAGUGAGCGGAGACAACCCUGUGUUUGUGCAGCUCGUCAAAGAGGAUGGAGCCGCUAUGCGUGCAGGGGUUCAGACUGGGGACAGGAUCAUUAAGGUCAAUGGGACCUUGGUGACACAAUCAAAUCAUGUUGAAGUGGUGAAGUUAAUCAAAUCGGGUUCCUAUGUGGCCCUUACUGUGUUGGGCCGACCACCUGGGUUACCCCAGAUUCCUCUUUCAGAAGUUGAUCUGAACCUAGAGUCAUUAGAGGAUAAAGGGGCAUCCUCGGUCUCUUUCCAACAAUCUCCACGACAUGUCCGGAGCAAGCGGGAAUACAAGGAAGAGAACAGUGUCAUGCACAGCCUGAAACUGGACAACAUGGAGAAGAAGCUGACUAAAGAAAGACGGGAAUUCCAGGACAUGAAGGAAGAGUAUGUCAAGAAUCCUACUCUCCGGCUACUGAAGGACAUUCAGGAAGUAAAAAGAAACGCGCACAGAGCUAUUCAGGAUGGCCUGCCUGUUGGAGAUGGUGUGGUGGAUGUAGACCAGGCCAGUUCACAUGGCUUCUGGAGCCCUACCCUGCAUCGCCACCACACAGCUUCCCCUAAGCCUGCUGGGCAGAAAGACUCGAAUAGUCUAAAGAGCAAACAACGAGACAGUCUGAACUCAUGCUCUUCACCUGAGAAUGCACACACCUCUGACCUGGAUUCGCAUCUCCAUCCUGGUGUGAAAAGUGCUUCCUCCAGUGCGUCCUCUCAGAUCAUUGGAGCUGAGGAUGACUACUUUGACUCAGAACAUGAGCAGGAGCAGGUGAACAUGCAUUGCAACUGUUUCAAGAGUUUGGAGCUACUUAAGAGUCGACCUGCCCACCUUGCAGCUUUUUUGCACCAUGUGGUGUCCCAGUUCGACCCUGCUCCUGUGCUUUGCUACCUUUACACUGACCUGUACAAGCAAACCAACUCAAAAGAAACCAGGCGGAUCUUCAUGGACAUCUUCACCUUUUUCAUUGACAGGGGGGCUAACUUAAAAGUAAUUGUUCCUGAAUCUAUCUCUUCUGAACUUGAGCGACGGAGGCCAGAGCUGAUUCCUGAGGAGUUGCACAGACAAUAUGUUCAGACAAUGCAGGACACACUUCUCCCUGAAGUGAACAGAAUUCUAGAGGACUUCAGACAGAAGCACAGUAUGGGUCUGACCUUAGCUGAGGGAGAGAGAGCUCAUCCAGACACAGAACAGUUAAAAGAUGCCACUGCUCUGGAGAGAGAGAGAUCCUGUGCUGAGAACAUCCUAGCCAAAAUAGACGACAUUCUGUUGUCCUCGCUAGCUGCAGAAGAGGACAAAUGUACCACAAUACAAUACGUGAUCUACAUCUACAUGAAACACCUGGGUGUGAGAGGCAAAGAGCAGCGUAACCUAGAGUCCAAACGUGUGCGCAUAAACUUCCUGCCCAAGAUCAAAAAGAGCAGCAAGCUGGAGAAAGAAGUUGAAGAAAAGGUGAAGAAGCCUCGUUUCAAUAUCCUUGUGCCUCAGCGUCGGCCAAGCCGCAUUGAAACGACACCUGUAGGUCGCACCAUGGAUGGAAGCAAGCCAAAGCCUCAGAAGCAGCUCUCGCAGCCAGCGAUGGGAAAGUGUGAGGUAGACAGUGGGCGUUUACGGGGAAGCCAGUCGAGCGAAGGCUCAGACCUCAUCAGCAACAUUCCUCCCUACAGCCCUAUCUCAGAUACAGCCUUCAGAGACAUAAACUGCAGUGUGAACCCAUCCGCUGUGCUCCAUGGGUUGACUGAUGUUAUUCAGGUUGGGGAAGGGCUGGACAUGACAUACCCCCCAUGCGAUUACCUCCCCUACAACGUGGAGCAUCUUGAUGAGGACAGAGACGGAGACAGAUUUGUGGAUGUGGGCACACCUAAACUGAGCAGAAGGCUAGAGGAGACACUGAGUGAGGACGAUGGUGUUUACUCUGACAUGGACCCUCCAAACUGGCAGCAGCUUGUGAAAAUGGAGGUUCUAGCUGAACUGACGCCCCAGGAGAUCAAGAGACAGGAAGUUAUUAAUGAGCUGUUCUACACGGAGCGUGCACACGUGCGCACGCUGAAAGUCCUGGACAAUGUCUUCUACCAAAAGUUGACCCUUGACAGCAUAUUACCACCUGCCGACAUCAAAAACAUCUUCAGCAACCUGGAGGAGAUCAUCCAGCUCCAUGUGAUGAUUUCAGAGCAGAUGGCAGCCAUACGUAAAAGGAAUGAAACGUCAGUGGUUGACAAAAUUGGAGAUGAUUUGCUGUCUUGGUUCAGUGGAGAAGAGGAGGAAAAGAUGAAACAUGCAGUAGGCACCUUCUGUAGCAACCAACCCUUUGCUCUGGAGCUCAUCAAGAGCCGGCAAAAGAAGGACCAGCGCUUCCUAACCUUCAUGCAUGAGGCAGAGAGUAAUCGGAUGUGCCGGAGGCUGCAGCUGAAGGACAUCAUCCCUGCCGAGAUGCAAAGACUCACCAAGUACCCAUUACUGCUGGAGAACAUCGCCAAGUACUCCGGGGAUGCAGAGGAGAAAGAUAAGGUGAGGAAAGCGGCUGAUUGCUGUCGCAAGAUCCUCAACCACGUUAACCAAGCAGUGAAGGAGUCAGAAAAUAAACAGCAUCUGGAAGACUACCAGAGACGCCUGGACCUCUCCUCUUUGAAGCAGAGUGAGAAUCCGCUCAUUUCCGAGUUUAAGAAUCUAGAUCUCACCAAGAGGAAGUUGAUUCAUGAAGGACCACUGACCUGGAAACUGAAUAAAGACAAGACAGUUGAGUUAUACACACUGCUUCUUGAGGACAUCCUGGUGCUAUUGCAGAAGCAAGACGAGAGACUCGUUCUGAAAUGCCAUAGUAAGAACCGUGCUGGCUCGGCCGACACGCAGCACAUCUUCAGCCCUGUCAUCAAACUCAAUACUGUACUGGUGCGCUCAGUGGCCACAGACAACAGGUCCUUCUUUGUGCUCUCCAUGUCGGAUAACGGAGCUCAGAUCUAUGAACUGAUGGCCCAAACAGUGUCUGAACAGAGAAUAUGGCAGAGGCAUAUCAUUCAGCGAGCAGAGGCAAUGAAGUCCAGGCCACACAGUGUCAUUCCCUUGCCUCAGUCUGGAGGGGAGAGAAGUGGAGUCGGAGUUGGAAAACCUGCCAAAGCUCCAGAGCAUGAGUGUUCUAGCAAUGCUCAGGCCUCAGGUAAAACCCAUGAUGCAGCAUCUGAUCGUGCCGCCAACAAUGAGGAGCAGGAGCAAAUUCAGGCACAUGGCCAUGAUGAAAGCUCUUAUCCAGAGCCGGAGCUGUUGGCUGUCUGUGACACAGACUUUCCAUCCUCUUCCUGCAGAGCCGACGAAGCUCUGAAAACAUUGGCAGCUUUAAAGCAGGUGCUGGUAACUCAGCUGAUGGCCCAGAACGACGGGGAGAGGAUGGGCCGGCGUCUUCUCAGGACAACGUCUUUGCGCACAUCAUGCAGGACUCAGGACGCCUCCUCAGGGGACACAGGUUUUUAUGAAGGCACUGAGGACUAUGGCUUGUCCGUACGUGUGAUUGAAGCAGGCUACCUGGUGCUGGAGGGCUCUGGUGGCUCUGAGGGCAGUACUGAUAACGUACAGUACAAGAGGAAGGAGUUGGGUCUUUCCCGUGGCUGCGCUGCUGACUCGGGUAUCAGCCUCAGGUUUUCAUCAUCCUCAGCAGAGAGCUUAUGCGGCAUCAGCAGACAGGUUCUCACAUACCUGCGCUCUCUGCAAGCCAACCUCAAUCACCUCAAGGAGCUAGAGAGCAGAUAUUAUCUGUUGAGGCAAAAACAAGAAUCAGCAGACACUGGGGGAAACAAAGAGCCAUGCGAUGGAAGUCUUGUCCAGGGUGUGCUCCUGCCUUACACACAGUGAUGGGCUUUGGACCCACUGCAACCCUGACCAGGAUAAAGUGCUUACUGAAGACGUAUGAAUGAAUGAAAGAAUGAUUGUACAUCAAUCCACAAUAAGACAAAUUGUCUACAAAUGGAGGACCUUCAGUUCUGUUGGUACUCUCCCUAGGAAUGAUCACACCAUGACAAACAAUGUUAAUUAGAGGUAGAAAAAUAACUGAAGGGGGAUAGCAAAAGACCUAAAGAAGUUUCUAGAACUUGAUGAAGGCUCUGUUCAUGUGUCCACUGUAAGAAAAACUAAAAUGGUAUUAAUAGAACGCCACCAUGAGGAAACAAACAUCUCUGCAAAUUACAAAUUUGCAAAAACCACUUGGUUGUUUCCCAACACUUCCUGGGCAAUGUCCUGUGGACAGAUGAGACAAAAGUUGAACUUCUUGGCAUAACUGCAAAACACCAUGCUUGGAGUUAAAAAAGGCACUGCGAACUAGCACUAAGAGCUUGCAGUCAUUGACAGAAUAAUGAAUUCAAUGUCAGGUUAGCGGUGUAUCGCUUUCAACUUAAUAGAAGGUGGAUGAUGCAACACGACAAUAACAGAAAUGACGCGAGUAAAUAAACAUGAUUGAUUGAACAGUAGAAAAAUUGUUUUUGGCGUAGCCAUGUCAAGAUUUGGGACCUUAAUUCUUAAACUGAGAUGGCAUGAGCUCAUGAAGGCUGUUUAUGAAAAAAUGUUGGAAUUCUUUCUCUCUCUGCUUGUGCAUGUCUUAGCUGAAGCUACUUGAAACUGCAAGGUGGAGGUUUACCGCUGCUAAAGGAGGCAACCAGUUAUUAGAUACCAGGGUUAAUUUCCUUUUGCCUGCCUGGGCUGUGAAUUAUUAAUCAAUGCGUUCAAUAAAGACAGGAAGAGUACAAAUGUUUGUGGGUUAAUAAUUUAGGCUGCAUAGGUUUUGAUAUUAUUGUGAGAUGAAUAAAGAA